ACGCGGUCGAACCACAGCGGCGUCAUUUCGUACCUCAGCCUGAGGCACGGCCGGAGCGGCAGCAUCACCGUCGACGUAACACGGCAGGAGUCUUCUGUGCCUGGAGCGGAUGCACUUCAACCGCCAGCGAGCGCCGCGCCGCAAGGGAAGCAGGAUGGCAGUCAUCGAGAACUUCAAGAACUUCCUGCGCCAUGGCAAGCAGGCACGCGCAAACGCCCCGCACGGCGAAGCCACGACGAACGUGUCCAACGUCCACGCACAGCACCAGCCCUACCACCACCAGCCGGCAGCCCAGCAUGUCGGCAUCAGCGAACCCGUCAUGGACCACAAGCCUCUCCAGGCGCAGCCCGCUCCGCACGGCGACUUCUCCGUCGGCGCACUCGACAACCGGAAUAUUGCCGCACAGGCCGGAGACGUGGCGGCUCGGGCAGCGGCCGACAAGCAGAAGCAGCAGGUGCACCACGCAGCUGGCACCAAAGACAGGAACAUCGAUCCGACAGUGCUGGAGCGCAUUGUGGCAGAAGAGCGUGAGGCCAAGGGCAAGCUGCCCAAGUACCCCGGGCUCGAGCGCUGGCAGCUGCAGGAGAAGAUGGGCGACGGUGCCUUCAGCAACGUAUACCGAGCCAAAGACACCACCGGCCAGUACGGCGACGUCGCCAUCAAGGUGGUGCGCAAGUUUGAGAUGAACUCAAGCCAGAGAGCGAAUAUCCUGAAGGAGGUCCAAAUAAUGCGGCAGCUCGACCACCCAAACAUCGUCAAGCUCAUCGACUUCUCGGAAUCCCGGCAGUACUACUACAUUGUGCUCGAGCUUUGUCCUGGAGGCGAACUCUUCCACCAGAUUGUUCGUUUAACCUACUUCAGCGAAGACCUUUCAAGACACGUUAUCAUUCAGGUCGCCAAAGCAUUAGAGUAUCUGCACGAGGAGGCAGGCGUCGUUCAUCGUGACAUCAAGCCUGAGAAUCUCCUUUUCUAUCCCAUCCCCUUCGUCCCAACUCGCAAUCCGAAGGCAAGAGGGCCCGAUGACGAGGACAAGGCCGAUGAGGGCGAGUUCAUCAAAGGCAAAGGCGCUGGCGGCAUCGGUGUGAUCAAGAUCGCAGACUUCGGUCUAUCAAAAGUCAUCUGGGACAGCCAGACCAUGACUCCUUGCGGUACCGUAGGGUAUACGGCUCCAGAGAUUGUCAAGGAUGAGCGGUAUUCGAAGAGUGUAGACAUGUGGGCGUUGGGAUGCGUUCUCUACACGCUGCUCUGCGGCUUCCCACCUUUCUACGACGAAUCCAUCCAGACUCUCACCGAGAAAGUCGCCCGCGGCCAGUACACUUUCCUAUCGCCAUGGUGGGACGACAUCUCCAAACCGGCACAGGACCUAGUCUCUCAUCUCUUGACAGUCGAUCCCGAGAAGCGCUAUGACAUCAAGCAGUUCUUGAACCACCCAUGGAUCCGAGAAGAGGACGAGCUUACCUUUGCCGCCCACGAUGCACCACCACUAGCCACUCCUGCCAUCGAGAGGCGGAGGCAGCUCGAGCAACAGAGCGGCGAGCGCGUACUUCAGCAGAACUUCGCUUACCUCGAGUCACCAGGAGCUAGGCGAAUGGACUUCCGGUCGCCCGGUGCCGUCAAUCUCCGAGAGGUUUUUGAUGUUGGGUACGCUGUACAUCGACAAGAAGAGGAGGGCAAGAGGAGAAAGAACUUCAAGCAGGGAUAUCGGGGCGCGAAUGCCAUGAACUCGCUGAACGCGCUCGAUGAGAACGAGGAUGACGACGAGUACACCGCUGAGUCGGCACCGUACGACCCGUCAGCGCAGCAUCCUCCGGCCAAGCUACCGAAGUCGCAAGCCUCUGACGUUUCCGCCAUGGAGCAGAAGAUGCGCAACACCACGCUAUCCGCCGCGGCCCAAGCACGAACUCAUGCCGCUCCACGGCAGGAGCGGGGAUACGGCCAACAUUCUCCCGCAGUUGCAGCGGCCGCGAAGAAACAGGUUCGGAGUAGGGGUGCGUUCGAGCUAAGCCUCGAUAACGCAAGUAUCCUCGGCCGACGGCAUAAGAAACCCGAGCCCAGCAGCUUAAGGGAGCAGGUGUCAGUAUCUGCCACAUGACAACCAGCGUCUCUCGCCAAAGACUGGUGAGCGCAAAGCGCGCUGAUGCACC